AUGAACGCCGCUCUGUUUGCCGCAAAGCAACAGUUGCGGUCUGCCAUGAAGCAGAGGCUAGCUUCCCUUCCGCAGGAGUCCAUAAAGGAGCAGAGCCAUACCAUCCACAAGGCGCUGUUGGGCUUCAAGCCAUAUGUCGACGCAAGUCGCAUCAGCGUGUUUCUGUCCAUGCCCUCGGCGGAGGUCCAGACAGACGAGGUCGUGAGGCAUGCGCUCGCCUCAGGGAAGCAUGUGUUCGUCCCCUAUCUGCACAAGUCGCCCCUCCCAUCAAACCCAGACAUACCUUCUAGGGUCAUGGAUAUGGUGCGGCUAAAGGAUGUCCGAGAUUAUGAGUCCCUUAAGAGGGAUAAAUGGGGUAUCCCAAGCAUAGAUCCCGCCACGGUCCAUCAGAGGCAGAGAAUACUGGGCGGCCCUGAUGAGCACCAAUCUGAGAAGGCGACUUUAGACCUCAUCCUGAUGCCGGGUGUGGCUUUCGAUAUUGCUCCUCACUCAAACGAAAUCAGACGGAUGGGACAUGGAAGAGGUUUCUAUGAUUUAUUUCUCGAACGGUAUGCUGAGAAGCUGGAGGAAUUAGACGUGAAGAGACCUUCAGUAUCGCUCUACGGCCUCGGCCUCAGAGAGCAGUUCUUAACCUCCGAAAAUGAAGAGGUCCCUGUUGGACCUCUGGACCAGCCUCUCCAUGGACUGAUCUUGGGGGACGGGAAAACAGUCGUACCAGAUCAAAUAGACUGA